AUGCCGGACAGAUGUGUUAAAUGCGCCGGCACCCACGGAGGACGUGCGUGCCCCCGUCCGCCCACCGAGAAGCCGACAUGUGCACUCUGUGGCGGUGCUCACGUGGCCAGCUAUCGUGGGUGUGAGGUGUGGAAGCGUGCCAUCGCUCCCCAACGUGGCCAAACACCAGCGCCACGUCCGAAGAAGCCAGCAACGAGACGGCCCGGCGUCUCUUUCGCGGCGUCAACUUCAGGGAUGCCCUCCGCCGUCCCGGCUGCGUCGGCUCCUCCUGCGCCUCCACCACAGCUGCUAGUGGCGGACCCGGGUACUGCCUCGCCCGGGACGUCGGCCGGACCGCGUCCCGCCAACCGCCGGCGCGGGGGUCAGUUCCCGUGGGCACCCAGCGCUCAACACCGUCAGUCGAGCAGCCCCAGGUGUCCUCUCACAGCGCCGCAGCCACGCCUCCCCCUUCCAGCGACGGGGCCGCGACGGCUGCCUCCACCGCUGAGCUGGCCAACCUCGUCGCGCAACUCACUGUCGUGGUGA